CUCAUCCCGUCUCCGUCCCAAAUUGGGGAUCUCGCGAACCAAACCCCCCUCGACAAAAAUCCCCGAGCCCAAACCGAUCGAACCCUAGGGUUUCACCGGACGACCACCACCACCACCUCCUCCUCCCCGGCCAGCCGCUGCCGCCGUCACCGCCGACGCCGCCAUGUACAACGGCAUCGGUCUGCAGACGGCGCGGGGGUCGGGCACGAAUGGGUACGUGCAGACGAACAAGUUCUUCAUCAAGCCGCGGACCUCGUCGGCGGGAGGGCCCCCGAGGGCGCUGGCCCCGGGAUUCGACGGCGACGCCGGCGGCGGCGGAGGGGGUCUCGGCGGGAUGCGCAAGCCGAACAAGGAGAUCCUGGAGCACGACCGGAAACGGCAGGUGGAGCUGCGGCUGCUCCUGCUGAGGGACGCGCUCGAGGAGCAGGGGUACACGGAGGGGGAGAUCGAGGAGCGCGUCGAGGAGGCGCGCAAGGAGGCCGAGAUCGAGGCCGCGGCCACUGCGGCCGCGGAGGAGGAAGGCCGUGGGGGCGGGCGGCAGCCACCUCGGGGCAAAGGGUUUACAGACACACAAAGCCACCACGUUGCUGCAAGGAAGGAGAAGCAGCUUGAGACGCUGAGGGCUGCUCUUGGUUUAAAUGUUGAUGAUAAACCAGUGAAGAACAUAGAUUUAGAAAGUGACGUGGAGUCUGGGGAGCUUGUUCCUGGUAAUGAGUAUGAAGGUUUGCAUAUCAAUGGGCCAAAAGAUGGCAAGACUUCAAACGAUGACAGAAGGCAUGCAAAGAAGGGUAAGAAGGAUAAAGGGGGUGAUGCAAAGAGUCAUGUAAAAAGUUCUAGGAAGGGUAAGCUUGGGCAUGCUGCAGAUUCAGAUCAUGAUGAUAACAAGAAGAAUUUUCGCAAUGGCUCAGAAGACGAUCCUGAGUCCAAAUAUGACGAAAAGAGGCGCAGUAAACACAUGAAGAACUCCCGUCAUGAUACAGAUGAUGAUUCUGAGAGUGACCAUAAGAAUGCAAAGCGUGGAAAGAGCUCUUGCCAUGAUCCAGAGUCUGACUCUGAGAGUGAUCAUAAGAAUGCAAAGCGUGGAAAGAGCUCUCGCCAUGAUUCAGUGUCUGAUUCAGAUAGUGAUUAUGGCAAGAAGACAACAAAACAUGGGAAGAGCAAUCGUGAUGAGAGAAAGAAACCUGCCACGAUCUCCCACCGCCAUGACUCGGAAGAUGAAAAGCCUAGAAAGGCCAAGCAUGUUGAUGAUUCAGAUAGUGACUCAGAGAGUGAUGGUUCAUAUAGUGAGUCAGGGAGCGACUAUGAUAAGAAGAAGAAAUCUACAAAUAAUUCUCGCCGUGAAUCUAAAGAUGAUAAGCCCCGAAGAAAGGCUCCUAAAGGCAAGUAUUCUGAUGAGUCAGAAAGUGACUCAGACAGCGAUAAUGGUGAAAGAUCAAAAUAUUCAAAGAUUUCUCGCCGUGAAUCUGAACAUAAGUCCCGGAAGGAUGCUGAUAGACAGGACCAGUUCCGUGAUAAAUUGAAGAGUGAAUUGGCUAGUGAUGGCUAUGGAGAGAAGAAAUCUGUUAAGAUCCCAUACAAUGAUUCAAAAGAUGGUAAACCACACAGCAAGGUCCUUCGGAAGGGCCAGUACAGUGAUGAAUCAGAGACUGAUUCAGAAACUUAUGUGAAGGAAAGGAAGAAUAUUCCCAAGUCCUAUCACCAUAGUGAUAAACAAGCACAAAGAGGUAAAGAGAAGGAAGAGAGCUCUGGAAAGAAUGUUGAUAAGCGCAAGAGGCAUGAUACUGAUUCUGAUUCAGAGGGCCAUGCUCGUGAAAGGAAAAGAUACCUUGAUGCACGGUCAAGCUUGGCUGCCCAAAAGAAAAGAAGUUUGCCUAGCUCAAGUGAGAGCUCAGAGAGUUCAGAUUACAGCAGUAGCAGUGAUAGUGAAUCAGAUGUGAGUUCUGACAGCCGUGAGGAUAGGAAAUCAGCAAGGCAGAUAAAGCAUGAGUUGGAGGAAAAGAAAAGGAGUCAGGAUGAGAAGAGAAAGGAGCUAGAAAAGCAAAAGGUGCAGGAGGAGGAAGAGAGAAAAGAGCAGGAGAGGCAGAAGCAGAGGGAGGAAGAGAGAAAGGCUAAAGAGCUGGAGAAGCAGAGGGAGGAAGAGAGAAAGGUGUUGGAGAAACAGAAGCAGAGGGAGAGGGACGAAGAUAGGCAAGAGCGUGAACCAGAGAGGAGGAAAGACGGAAGUGAUAUCGACAGAGACUACAAAAGAAAAGUUGAAGAUAGGUAUGAACCAAGUAGGAGGCAGGACGAGGACAGGUAUGAUCCAAAUAGGAGACAGGGCGAUGAUAGGUAUGAUCCAAAUAGGAGGCAUGAAGAAUAUGGUCGACGCAAAAAUAGAGAUUCCGAUAGCCGUGAUCCAAAGAGGUCCAGACAUGAUGAUUUUUACCACUAUUCUCGGAGGGACUAUGAACAGCGGUAUUCUAGAGAUGAAUACAGAGACAGGAGGCAUCGUUGAAUGCAAGCCAUAUGUCCGUCUCUGGUUUUGCCAAGAAGAGUGACGGGCCUUUACAUGAGCCGUGCAGUACCAAGAAGAGUUACGGCCCUUUACAUGAGCCGUGCAGUACAAAUGAUGAGAUGAACGAUGUGGUGCUCGCACUCAAGUUUUUCAGUCUCCUAGCAGACUUGAGGCAACAGUAAAUUUCUCCUAGCAGAGAAAAAUUUGCCUCAGCACUGUACGUUUGCGUAUGUUUGUAUGAACUUAUUUGCUUUUUGUUCUUUUAAUGCUCAAUAUGUAUUCUGGAAUUUUGGUGGAUAUAUUACCUUCUCUGCAAGAAACAUGCGUUUUAAAACUGUGCCUAUGUGAUUAAUGCUGAUGAACAUCACAAGCAUUUUGUUGGCCAAAUUUUGUCCUCCUAACUUACCUGAUUGGCU